AUGCAGCUGGGGGUAUUUAGGCCCUUCCGGCAGGUCUGCAAAGCAGCAGCAGCAGCAGCAGAAGAAGUCGCAGUCAUGGCUGACUAUACGCAACUUCCGCCGCGCACAUCUGCAGGCAAGCGCUCGGCCUGCGACCGCUGUCGGACACAGAAGCUGGGCUGCAUGCGUGUCCCUGGCCACCCGGGCGAUGCCUGCCUGCGGUGCGUGCGCUCGCAGGCCGAGUGUGUGACGAGCUCCUCCAGGCGGCCCGGCCGGCCCGUGAGAGCGGCCGCUGCGUCGUCUCCUGCUGCCCUGCCCAGUCCGGACGUGGAGGCGGAUGUGGAUGUGGAUGUGGACAACUUUCCCAUUGCCGCCCUCGACAUCCCCUACAACAUCCCCUACGACCUCCCCUACGACUCUUCCCUGGUGUUCUUGCCCGACUACCUCCCAGACGGCCUCGCCUACAGCGGCGACCGCUCACCGACCCCCAUCCUAGACCACCAUUCACCCCUCCUCGACCACCGCUCCACCCCGUCCACCCCGUCGCCGCCACACAAACACCACCAGCGUUUCUUGCGCCUGCACCAGACGCUCUCCCACGAGCUCGCCCUCGUCCAAUCCACCCAGUGCGAUCUGGCCGAGGUCUUCCGCGUCACCUGCGUCCACCCAGACAUCCCACCCCGCUCGGGCCUCAAGACGGCCCCCGAGCCACACACUGACACCACCCACCGCGCUUCUACCUCGACCUCUGCAUCGCUCUCCUCGCCUAAGUCCAACCCGCUAGCAACCGUGACCACCCACGCCGCCGAGUUCCUCUCCCUGCUCCAUACCCUGCAUCCCCUCGACACCACAGCCGCAACCACGACCACAACGCCAACAACGCCAGACCUCCUGACCGCACUCUCCUGCUACAUCCUCCUCGUCUCCAUCUACGACGCUCUCCUCGCCCAGUUCCUCGCCGCCGCCGCAACACACGCCGCCGCCCCCGACACCGCUGCCCCCGUCCUCGCCCUCGGCGGCCUCCCCGUGCCCCUCGCCCCAACCCUCCCCGCAAAUCUCCUCAUCUCGCUGCUGAACAGCCAGCUGCAGCCCAUCGAGACCUGCCUGGGGCUUCCUGAAGUGCUGAGGGUGUGCGAGGGCGGGCGGUCACCCCCGGGGGUUGGUCCAGGGCACAACGCUGGGCUCUUUGGACGGCCAGGCGGCCAGGCGCUUUGUAUGGCACUGGUGCAGGUUGAGGGGGAGCGAGCUGGAGGUCAUAUCGGGGUUGGGUCGGGGGUGAUGGGUGUGGUGGCAGCGUUGAGGGAGAAGAGAAGGCGGGCGCUGGGGCUGUGA